AUGUCGGAUCGUGAAGAUAUUUCAACCCAAUCUUCCUCCGAUUUCUCAGACAGUUUCCCCUCUACUACCACCAUCAGCACUGUUGCUGUUCAAGCCGGGCAGUCCAAAAUUAUUCUGGCUGUUCUCAGAUGUGGUACUUGGAUAAAGGUGCGUAUUCAGCGCAUGGAACCAGAUCUCUAUGACGUCGGUGCGAGCGGUACUUCAACAGAAGUCCGCCAGUUACUGGAACAACAUGCCAGCCUCGUCUCAAAGCUGGCAGCCAAACAGGUUCAAAUUUCAGAACUCCUGACACGAGCAGAAGAGAUGGUGGGUCAGCAACCUACAGAAGGACAAGCCCGUGUCUACUCCGCGAUGUCUUCUUCCCUCAACAAGGCAUGGCGUGAACUCCUUGACGUUCUUGGAAAACGAGGACAUCUUCUUCAGUUGGUGUCUGAGUGCUUUGAGAAUGCUGAAGCUGUCCACGCUGCUGUAUCUAGAAUUAUUGAAGCAUCUGCCUCAGGAGACUGGGGCAACUCCAUUGAAACCGUCGAACAACUAAUUCAGGAACACGAAGAACUCAAACGUCUAAAGCUGCUGGAGCCAACGCGCCAGAUGUUGGAAGCAGCAAAUGGAGCUCUGGAAUUAUUGACAAGAAUGGCAGUUCGAACUGGGCAGACCCCAGAGUCGGGGCUAACUAGAACUAGUUCUGAGGCGCGAGAACGCAUUGCAGCAGUCACUGGAGAUGCAAAUGAGGCCCGCAGGCUCGCGGAAGCCGCUUGGGAGCGACGCGCCCGCCUUCUCCAACUGCGAUACACCGUUGUUCGACUUGAAACUGAACAUGAACAAGUUGUUCAAUGGUUUUCUCGUGUUGGAGAGCCUAAUCUAGCAACCGCUUUACCUGGUGGAAGUCUACAGGAAUGUGAAUCUGCGAUGGAAGCCCUUAUGGGCUUAGCAGUGGAUGCUCGUGAAUACCAGCAUAUUAACACACGUCUGGUUAGACAGGCUCAACAGCUUACUCUUCCACGUGGAGAAAAUGAAGACGAACCAGACAUUGAUAUGCAGACUGCUCACAAUGCUCUGGUGGAGCGAUUCGCAACAUCAGAGAAGUACAUCUGGGAAUUUAUUGACCGUAUUGAGUCCAGACGACGGUGUCUUCAAGCUAGUAUCAUCUUUUUCAGCGAAGCAUCUGUGCUUCUUGAGCAUCUUCGAGCCCUCGAAAAUGAUAUCACUAUGAGCAGCAAAACACGAACAGAAGUCCGCGAUGAAAUCUUCCAACGUCUCACAGAGUUAGAGAUGCGCGUUCCAGGCUUGAGGGAAAUCCUAUUCGAGCUUCGCUCUCGAGUAGAUGAACGACCCUCGGCGACAACUUUGAGCCUGUCACGUUCCGUGCCUCCAGCACGACCCGUAUCUCCCUUGACAGUUGGAGCGGACGCUGCAAUGUCGGCUAAACUUCAUGAAAUCGAAGAGAUUAUUGCUAGAUGCCGCAUGGCCUGCGGUGGCUUCCCAGCUCUUGAUGCUAGUGACCAACAACUCAGGGAAAUUGACUACAGACUUACAGCUCUCUGGAGAUGGACCCAUGAAACUGUGAGCGGUGUCCUAAAGACUCAUCACUCACCAGGGACUACAAUCUCCUUUGUAUCUGACUUCGAAGACAUUCAUAGACGUCUUGAAAGAAUGAUGACCUCUCAGGAAAGCGAGAUAUCCAAUCUCCGCACACUUAUCCUCAAUAUUGCCCCCUCUACUGAAAAGCAGAACUUCCAGCGUCGCUUGGAUGAGAUCGUAGAGACAUGGGCACGCUAUCGUCGAACAAUAACUAUCCGCCUACGCAUGGCUGAAGACCUGAAUGGUCUUCUUAGACGAAUUCGGGAAGAUGAAUACUACUACCAAGCUGUUAAUGAUCGCAUCAAGUCAAUCGCUGCAGGCAGAUCACAGAUACAUGGUGGCGUUGACAUGAGAGUUAGUAGACAACUAAGGGAGGGUGAAAUGACCCGUAUCCACUCUGAUAUGAUGGAAGUUCGAACACGACUGGAAUCUCAACAAAUGGCCCUAAAGAGUGCUCUAGAGGAGAUUUCACGAAUUGACGAUGCAGAUACAGACAAAACAGAGCCACAGAACUUCUACCGGAGUCAAAUUCAACUGAAUUUGGAAAGACUUAAUCAUGUGGAGGAACAACUGCGAAGUCUCCAAUCGACCCGACAGAUCUGGCUCUCCUGGGAAGAAAAGUGGAAUGAUUUCACUAGGACAGCUAAACGGCUUGACGAAGCCAUGGCAAGUUCAAGAGUUCGGAUCGUCCGGGCUCCUCGUUCACAAAGCAUUCCAGCGGUAGAAGCCGAUUUGGCAGAACAUCUACGAGAUGGCGAUUACGUGAAUCAAUUGAUUGCUGAAGUUAAUGCCAAAGCCAAUACUCUUGCCUCUCUAGUUGGGGCAGAGCCUGCUAGCGCUGACGGGCCAUCACGUGUCCGACGAUACAUUGAGGUGCCCGACUCAACUUCACAUGGACCUGGAGAUGCUGAUUUAGUGAAUUCAGUUAGGUCCGAGCUCUGUGUCGCCACUGCUGGUCUGGAAGUGCGGUCGAGGGAUUGGGAACAUGUCUUUAAUGCCCAUAAGCACACUCUAGAGGAGCGUAUUCGACAAAUCGGAAGAAUGACUGAAAUGGAUAGUAAAGAGUUUGACUUAUCGACGCAUUUCUUUCUUUUCGAGAAAAUCGAACGAGAUCUCCAAGAUGCAGAGUCUGAAUUCCAACGUAUCAGCAUAACAGUUAAUCUCGAUGCCCCUAUAGCUCAAAUUGAACGCGCAGAUGAAAGUCUUCGUAUUCUUGAACAAAGAAUUCCAGAUCUACAAGGCCAAGUUCGAAGCACGGCUUUCCUUCCUGGCAUGCAGCCCAUUCGUGGCCCCUCAGAUCUUCUUGAAAUUAGUACGGCCGAUGUUCCACUUCUUCAAGAGAAACGACAACAAUUUGAGAAUCGCGUAUCGAAUCUGGCUGCUGGAACAAAUACUUGCCGCACGGAAAUAAAUCUCACGCUUCAGAUACUUCGAGCUGUUCGUGAUGCAGAAAACCGUCUUUCGACUCUUACUGUGGAUCUAGCUAGAAGUAGUGAUCGACUCAGAAGUCUAACACCCGGAGAUCAAGUUCAAAUGCGUCAAAUCAUCUCUGACAUCGAAGCUCAACGAGACAGAGCAUACCAAUACGUUGUGCAUCAUGUUCCACAGCUUCAAUCUCUUGCUGCUCAAUAUCCAGGUGACCGUGCAAAAACAAAGAUACAACCGAUCAUUUCAAGAUUCCAGGAUUCCACUGAAUCAUUGACGAAACUUGCACAGGAUGUUCGUGUGAGGUCUGAACAAUUCGUAGAUCUUGCUCGCCUUCAAGGUCCUAUUAUUGAGGCCGUUGAAUCUGUUGCAAGUCACCAGAUGCAUGCUCCACGGCCAUCCCCGCCAAGAAUUUCAUUGCCCCUACCAAACAUCCAUGUGGCUGAAGGUACUCAUGUAACAUUGGAGACAACAUUUGAUAACGGCAUUCCACAAGGCUAUCCUGAUACAGUGAAUAUAGAAGGGACUUGGUAUAGAGAUGGCCUACCUGUUACUACACCUGACUAUCGCACUAGGAUGGAUCAACACUCUGCCAGUCUGGUGAUUGAAGAAGUUUUUGGUGAUGAUACUGGAGUUUUCACUUUCCGCAUAAAGACACCUUUCGGAGCAGCUGAGACAUCAGGUUCCCUAACAGUCACCGAAACCCAUAAAUCGCUUACUUCGGUUGAUGAAGAGAUGAUUACACCAUUGAAGCGAAGACGAACUCAAGCACCUCCUACAUUCCCACCAUUUGAAGAAGAAAUUGGUGAAGCUCCAAGAUUCAUCAGACCACUACGAUCAACCAAUGUUAACGAAAAUGAGCCGGUGAUGCUUGAAUGUCGGGCAACCGGUCAACCAACACCUCAGAUAUCCUGGUUUAAAGACGGUGUUAACAUUGAUAACAAUCCUGAUUACGUCAUAUUUGAAGUUAAUGGAUCUUGUGCUCUUAAGAUCCGAAAUGCCUCCACACCUGUUCACGAUGGGAACUAUACCUGCAGAGCAACGAAUGAUAGAGGAGAGGCUGUUACAACGUGCCAGCUCCAUGUCAAUCCUAUUGAACCUCCCCGAAUCGUCCAUCCUCUAUCCAAUAAGCAAAUUCCAGAGGGAAAUUCAUGUGAACUUCGAGUGCAAUUUAAGGGUACGCCCCCAAUUAAGGCUGAAUGGUUGAUUAAUGGCCAACCUCUCGAAUCAACACCAAGUGCGGCCAUUCCAAACAUAGCUGAAGACAAAGCGACACUGAAACUACCUGCAGUUUAUUUACAAGAUGUCGGUGAGUACACUUGCUCGCUACGAAACUCAGCUGGUAAAGCGAGCACUUCCUGUCGCGUUGAUUUGCGACGUCGCGUGGAUAGACCUCUUAAUAUUGAUGAUUUGAUUGACGCUGCUUCAGUCUCCCCAAAUCGUAGACCACCUCAACAAUCGCCACUUCAGGAAGUUUGGAGGUCUCCAUCAAGGCGUACCUUCACUCCAGCUAGACCAGAGUCUCAAGAUAGGUUAUCUCCAUAUCAGGUCUAUUCUCCUGUCGCUAGUGAAAGGAGAUCUUCAUGGAGGGCAACUUCUGUUCCGCCUCAAUUCUCCGGCAUCUACAGAGCUGAACAUAGACGUGAUUUGAUCGGCCAUAAACGAGCAUUCGUUCCAGGCCAACUGCCACCUCAAUUUACCCAACCACUGCACAAUGCUUCAGCAACAGAGGGUCAAAUGGUACGCCUUCAAUGCCGAGUUCUUGGAAGACCACAACCUCAAAUUGAGUGGUUCAAAGACGGUGUGGCCUUGACUUCAGCACCGAAUUACACCGUUCGAUCAGAUGGCGAUAAUCACUGGAUUGAGUUUAGUGAUAUCUACUUGAAUGAUCAUGGAGAGUAUACUUGUAUGGCUACUAACCCUGCUGGAGUGGCAAAAACUUCAUGCAGAAUGGAUGUUGAACCACUCUCAAGUGGCGAUGAGUCUGUAGACAGGCCGCCGCAAGUUGUUAAAGCUCUCCCUCGAUAUUUGACAAUCAAUGAGGGAGAAGGAGUCACACUGGAAUGUAGCUUUGUUGGACGUCCUGAACCUGUCAUUACGUGGUACAAAGACUCCGUUGUGCUUCAAACAUCUCCCAACGUAGAGAUAACCCAAGUGGGAUCUACUGCUAUAGUGAAUCUGACUGAUUCGAAUAUCCAAGAUGCUGGUCACUACAGAGCAGUUGCCUCGAAUCGUGUUGGAGUCUGUCAGUCAGAAAUUCACAUGAAUAUCCUCCCAAAUGAGAGAACUCCCCGAUCUUUGGAUGUAUCGCCAUUCCACGAGGGCCCGCCUAAUUUCAGCAAACCACUUCGUGAUAUAUAUUUGAAGCCUCAUACACCAAGACUCUCUCGUCUGGACUGCUUUGUUCUGGGCAUUCCUAGACCUACGGUUGAGUGGCGACAUGCUAAUCAAAGAAUAAGACCCGAGGAUCGUCGUUAUCAUAUUACUGCUGACAGACCACCGGGUGUUCAUACGCUUACCAUUAUUCAACCGGGUCUCGAUACAGCAGGUCACUAUGAGGUGCUUGCUGAAAAUAAAUUUGGAAGAGCUACAUGCUCCGCAACUGUCCAUCUUCCUCGACAAAGAUCCGUGACGCCACUUCGCUCGCCCAUAGUUUAUGCUACUUUGCCAAAACAAACACCAACAUGGCAACAACUCAGUCCCACUUCUUCUGUAUAUUUGACCCCCACUUACGCCCCACCAAUAACUCGGCGUAUUGUUCGUGAAAUAUCUGAACCUCCGGAACUCCGUCGCUAUACAUCAACAACUCAGUUGCGUGUUGACGAUCGACAUACUACGCCACCUGUUCAAUUCACCUUCCGUUUGCCACCAGAGCGUACAAUGAGUAAAGUUGAGAUUUUGGGACAAGUUGAACCGAUGCAGCCAUCUGGUCCACAGAUUAGACACGCAAGUAGUCUCACAGUUUUGAACAGGAUGCAGGUUUGCCCAGUUGUGCCUUUACAGGAAACGGCAAUUGAGCAUCGUGUUGCCAGUCAUCCACGUGUAACUCCAGGAUACUUGUCUACUGAGGACCUCCAGAGACCUAUUGAUGUAGUACCGAUGGUUCCCGUCUACGAAACUCACCGUACCUUCCAAACAUCUCAAGUAACUACACCUCUUAGCCGGACUGUGUCUCAAGAGAGGUUCAAAGUCUUGGUUGAGACUCCGAUUAGAGCUCGUCCUCAGUUAGAACCUGGAAUAUCGACUGAAGUACUGCACCAGAAGACCAUUCAAGUUACUCCAAUUAUUCCCAUGUAUCGAACCCAAAGAGAAGCAUCUGUCACUAUCCAACCGACUCUUGAACCUGGUUACACAAGCGAAGGCGAGAUUGAACACAAUAUUGAAGUUGUGCCUAUGGUUCCAAGCUACAAGACUGAGGCAGAACGUCCUGUUCCAGCCAGACCAGCACUAGAAGUAGGAUAUGAAUCGAAGGCAACCAUUGAUCGAAUGAUGGAGAUUGAGAAAGAAUUGACAGAGCUUCGAUACAAAACCGAGGCUGAGAAAACAAUGCCCGCUAGACCUCCGCUUGAAAGUGGAUUUGAAUCUAAGGCCAACAUUGAACGUCAAAUGAUGCUCGAAAGGGAAUUGACAGAACUUCGCUACAAGACCCAGAUGAACAAACAAGUGGCAGCUCAACCACAACUCCAGCCAGGUUUCGAAGCUAAAAUUGACAUUGAACACUCUAUGGACGUUGUGCCGCUUGUUCAAAAACCAGAGGAAAAAUUCACAACGAGCUACGCAACUGACGUCGAUGUGCAGUAUGUUCCUGUCGAUCUUGUUGUUGAAAUUCCUACUCCGCCAAAGUUUGUGAAGCACUUGAAUAAUGUUGUCGCUGAGGAGGGAUCACAGGUUAUUCUUGAGGGUAUUGUAAUUGGUAAGCCCACUCCAGUUGUCUCCUGGUUCAAGAAAUCAACUCCCAUAACCGAUACACCCGAUUUUCGUCUUGAAUAUCGUCCUGAUGGAACGGUCAAACUCACUCUCAAGGAGUUUCAUGAAGAAGAUAUCGGACCCUAUCGAUGUGAAGCAACAAAUUUAGCUGGAACAGCUGAAAGCUACGCCUAUUUGACAAUCACUACAAAGGCCUUGGCGCCAAGGUUUAUCAAGGGAUUGGAGAAUACAACGAUAAUGAAUGGUGGUGUCUUGCGAUUAACUGUUAAAGUUGACGGUCAUCCAAAACCAGAUGUCAAAUGGGCUGUCAAUGGGCACGAUAUCAUCAGCUCACCCGACUUUAUCAUUGAGGAAUUCGCUGAUGGCGUUCACACCUUGACUGUACCCCGUGCAUUUGUAACCGACACUGGGCGUUACUCUGUGGUCGCAAAGAACGAGGCUGGAGAGGCCAUCACCUCGGGAAUUGUCACGGUUCUUGAAUCAAGACCUACAUCCGCCAUGCCAUCUCCUCUAACUCCUUUUGAGGAAGUGGCAAGAACUGAGCUUUCAGUUCCUCUGGCAUCACCUGCUCCAGGACCGAUUAUUCUACCUAAUCCGGAAGCUCCUACUUUCAUUAAACCACUGCCUCCACAACGUAGGGUCGAUGAAGGAACUCCGAUGGUUUUGACGGUGGAAGCCAAGGGGAAUCCCAUGCCUUUCCUUCACUGGUACCAGAAUGGUGUUCCUCUCCAAACCGGUCCGAAAUUCAAGAUUUCUCAAUUCGGUCCCCACCUAGAGAACAUUGCUACAAUUCAGCCGGAACCAGUUAAAAUGGUCAGUGAAUUGGAAAUACUGGGUGUUAGUCCAUCGGACACUGGAACAAUUGCAUGUGCUGCUGAAAAUCCCUUCGGUCGUGCUGAAACAACUUUAACUCUGGAUGUGCUCGAAAGACCCGUGGUGGAACCAUUGCAACCUGAAGUUCAGCCACAUGUACAGGCCCACCCACAAAGGCCCUGGUUCACGAUUCCACUUCAACCUGAAAUUACUGUUCAAUCGGGAAGUCCACUCACCCUUACUGCAGAAGCUAUGGGGAAUCCCCUACCCUUCCUUCACUGGUAUCGAGAUGGUCAACCCCUGGAUUCCACUCCAGACAGGGCCAUAACCCAGCAGGGUCCACAAUUGGCUCAACCUGAAGCACUUUUAGAUGGACCUGUUCCCAUGACUGGACGUUUAAUAAUUAAUGAGCUCUUCCCAACUGAUUCUGGAAUCUACCGAUGCGUGGCUGAAAAUUCAGUAGGACAAACAGAGACCUUUUUAAACUUAAAUGUCGUUCAACCACCAUCAACGACUCGACCCCUAGGUCAACGACCACAAGUGAUUAAGGGACUCCCCUUUACAUAUCCUUGCAAAAUGGGCGAAACAGUGGUGCUCGAAACAGAAAUUUAUGGCCAGCCGCCCCCUAGUGUCUCUUGGUAUCGCAGUGGCUUAGAAAUCUACCCAGAUAACAAGUACCGCUUGGAAUCGAAUCCAAACACUGGCCUCUACCGUCUCGUAAUUCAAUCAAUCUCACAGGAAGAUUUCUGUGAGUACAAAGUGCGGGCAACAAAUGAGUAUGGGUCGGUGGAAUCUGUCACCCGAUUGACUCUAAUUCAGGAGUAUACGGAAUUGACUCGUAUCGAUCUCUCUAGGCCCAUGGCACCAGUAACCGUAGAAGUUCCUUACACACCAUCAGAACGAACCCAACUUGACGUGCAAGUUCAGGGGAAGUUCUCACCAGUUGUGAUGGAUGUUGAGAUAGAGAAACCUCAACAUCAUAUGACUGAGUUGGAAAUGCAAAUCGAAAGACCGACAACUGAAUUCCAACCAGUAACAGUUGAAUUCCAGCACCCCGAAAAGGCUGGCCAACCAGCAGUUUUCGUACGCAGACUACCUGAUACGGUUACUUUGAAUGAGAAUAUUCCCUCAAGAGUCACUGCCCAAGUUUCAGGAAUUCCGAAACCCACUGUCACUUUUCUGAAGAAUGGUCAACCUCUUCAGCCAAGCAAUUCAGUCUACCCAAUCAUCGAGCCCGAUAAUACGGUGGUUCUCACAUUUGCUCAACCGAAUCAAAGUGAUGCUGGAACUUUCACUUUACUCGCUAAAAAUCCGUAUGGACAGGAUUCAACGACUGUACAGGUUAACCUAAAUCCACCACUGGAACACGCACGUGAGGAACCAACUCCGAUGAACGUUCCUCCUAUUUUCAUUCGAGCUCCAUUCCCGAUCCCUUCACCUGAGGAAGGUCAACCCGAUGUGAUUCACUCACAGGGUCUGCUAUCUGCUCAAGAAGGAGUUCCCAUGAAACUUGAAGUUAAAGUUCAGGGUGUUCCUGAACCGGAAGUUUCUUGGAUCCUCAACGAUCGACCAGUGCGUCCAGACUUCAAGCACAAGCUGUUGAAACUUCCCGAAUCGGUGUAUUGUCUUUCUUUGGAGUCACCAAUGCCUAUGCCAGAUAGUGGAACAUAUCGUUGCGUUGCUAGUAAUCCCGCAGGAUUUAAGGAGCUAAUCUUUCCUGUACAGAUUCAUCCUAAGCCGCAACAGUUGAACGUUCCGCCCAAAUUCAUCACAAAACCAGCUCCUAAACUUACUGCUACUUCUGGACAAACUCUCUCUCUUGAAUGCACAUUUGAAGGAGUACCUACUCCUGUGGUGUCUUGGCACAAGGAUGGAAAACUUAUUCCUCCAAAUGACCUAGCAGAAAAUCAUGUCAGUGUUUUUAUCACAGAAAAUACGACUCAAUUAUCCAUUACUGAGGUGGUUCCUGAAGACUGUGGAAUCUGGCAAUGCCUUGCCUCUAGCACUGCAGGCUCCGCAACAUGCCGAACAAAACUGGAAGUGGAAGUUCCCAAGCCGAUAAGUGAGGAACCACAGAAGAUGCUUUUUAUUCCAAAGAAGCGAACUUCUCUCUCAGGACCAAGUGAUUCCCCAUAUCCAGAAAUCCGCCAACCACCAAAAUCAAUUGAAAUUGUCGAAGGCAACAGCGCUCGAUUCUCAACAAUGAUUAGCGGAUCACCACGUCCGGUGGUUAACUGGUACAUCAACGGCAUCAUCGUACAACCUGUUAUGCCAAUUGAAGGAAGUGCUGAAGAACCAAGAGAAUCUGUAUACUUUGACGGCCUCUUAUACCACCUUGAACUUCGUCGGUGUCAGCCCGAAGAAAGUGGCAUUGUGACGGUUGAAGCUCUGCGUAGCGAUAUUUCCGAAGAAGAGGCUAGAGCUGAACCCAAUGCAGUUGUCACGGCAACAGCUAACUUGAAGAUCCAGCCUGCGCCUGGAAAGAUUCCACAGCUACGGCCCGUACAAAAAGCUCCUAUUCAGCAACCACAACCCACACAAUCUCCUGUGAUAGUUCAAGGUCCUAAAAACGCUGAUGUGCAGGAAAAUACCCCUGUGGCGUUUACUUGUCAAGUAGCAGGCACUCCAAUGCCGGAGGUUACAUGGUUUCGGGGUAGCCAGGAGAUUCGACCCACAGAAAACACAUACGUGACGAUGGGACCCGAUGGAGUAGCCUCUCUACAUAUUGAGAAGGCUCGACCGGAAGACGCUGGUGAUUACACAGUUCGUGCGAGCAAUCCAGCGGGUGAAGAAAAGGCGCCCGAGUUUGUCAUUCCGUUCCCAGAUGAAGUAAUGCAGCUCCCAGAGGGUGCUUCUCUCACCUUGGACAUUGAAGCAGUUGGAAAACCGAUUCCACAACUAGUCUGGAAACGAGACAGCACUCCAUUUAGCCCAACACCAGAGAUUCAAAUAAUUCAAGUGACGCCCACUCAUCACCGAUUAGAAAUUGUUGAACUCUUCGAAAUACCAGAGGAAACGACUAUUCCACUCGAGUGUAUAGUACGCGGAGAACCACAACCCCAAGUUCGCUAUUUCCACAAUGAUGUAGAGUUUUAUCCGCCAGUGGUGAAGACCCCAACAUUUUCUAGUAAGUACGAAGUUAUGGUGGACAAACCAGCCGGAAGCUAUACCCUCUUCUUACAUAACCUACGUACAAAAGAGGACGAUGGUGAAUACAUAAUUCGAGCUGAAAACGAGCUCGGCAUUUCAGUGUGUAAAACGAUUCUCAAUGUGGAAAGAAUCGAUCAUAGAAGCCAAAUACAAUUUACUAUGCCACUUCCAGCGAAAAAGGAGGUCACAAUAGGCCAGCCAUCAGAAAUUGAAUGCGAAGCAAACUCUGAUGAACCAGUCAAAUUCCAAUGGUUUAUAAAUGGGAUUGAAAUUCAAAGAACAGCACCCGAAUAUAUUAUACAAGAUAUUGGCCUCAGUAAAAGCACACUAGUAAUACCGGUUGUCAAACAAGAAAUGAUAAACAAAGAAAUAAAAGUUAAAGCGCUAACAUCCAAAGGAGAAUCAGAAGUAUCAACAACCAUAGUAGACAAGAAAGCAACGACCGAAGACGUAAAAAUACCAGUAAAAGUGACAAAGAAUUACGACAAACCGGACGGAACGCCCAGGCCUACAUUAUUACGAUUUGUGCAGCCACUAGAGCCCAACAUGGUCCCGAAU